UCUUUUGGAUGCUCCCAAAUGCAUAAGAUUGUUGUGGAUGUUUUUGGCUAUACGAAUUGAGUCUUAAAAAUUCAAUGGGAAUUGAGAUGCUCACUGGUGCUGGGGUGUGUAUUUUCUUUAUCCAGCACGUUGUGUGUGAAAAUGUGCUCAAAGAGUUUUUCCCAUACGAGUAAGCUGCCUUUUACUUCGAACGGCUUGAAAAAUGUUACCUAUUAAAAAGAUGGAUGAAAUUAUAUUCAAGUCUUAUAAGGAGCAUGUCACAUUUUUAUUAAAUUUUUUUAAGCCGUUUAAUGCAAAAUGAGGCCUAAAUUCGGGAACAAUUCAAUUUUUGUCUUUUGAUUAUGCCGUUUCGUAGUUUAGUGGUCGCCUGGUCGGCGGUUUCAUGUUUUAACGUGUUUUGUCUCAACGGCAUGUUAACAUGAAACGAUUCAAAUGAAAUCCUCUCCCAUGUCGUUUGGGCAGAUCUGGGUUUACAUUUCAAGCCCAAUGGGCGGUUCAAAGCUUAAUAAAUUUUGGCGCCCUCCAUUAUUGACGUCUGUGCUACAAGUCGUUUUAUCAGAAAAAGAAGUAAGCUACAAGUCGUUUUUAUGAUUCCCCAAAUCCCAAGCAAACCAGAGGAACCGCUUGGGACCAUAUAAAACGGUUAAAACUUUCUUUUUCUCCCUCUUCUGCUGCGGCCUGUGAGAAGAACAACAAUGGUAAUAUUCUGUUUACCCAAACGCGUUUAUCUCUGUUUGGUUCUCAGGAAAAGAGUGAUAACAAGGAAUUUGUUGAAUGAUUCUUGUGGUGUACGAUCAGCUAUACCGGUUUCUGGUACGGAGAACCGGAAGCAACUUCAGUGCGGUGAUUCUGAAGCGGCUUUUCAUGAGCAAGAUCAGUUUCUCAAUCAUGGCGGUCCAAAUGCAUGUACUCAUUGUUAUUUCAGCCCUGGCUUUCUCAUUCUUCACCGCCAAUGGUUCUGACCCUGCAAGUUCAGAUAAAGCACCACUACCUAAAUUUGCUUUCAGUUGGUUGGAUGACAAAGACACAUUCCGUGCCGGUGAUGUUGCGGCUAUAAAGAUUAAAGUACUGGAACACGCUGACAAGCUUGAUAAAAAUGCUUUUAAGCCCACUCUUACAGUGAACGAAAAGAUGGGGAAUAGCUCUUAUGUAUCUGGGGUUCUUUUGGAUUUUGAGGGUGAUCCUAGUGAUUGGAGAAUUAACUUCAUUGUGAUCACAGCCGGGUUAUUCAAUGUGCUCAUCGAGGAGAACGAUUUCAAAGUGCUCGAUUCCUCGAUGCAUUUCCAAGUUGAACCAGGUCAAAUGUACCCGUCUGUCUGUGUUGCUUCUUGGAUGAAUCUCAUGAAUGAGUUUGAUGCCGGGACAAAAGCGGCAGUUCUGAUACUUCCUAGAGAUGCAUUUGGGAAUAAUAUCUCUUCAACCACUGAAGAGCCCAAUGUACAUAAUUUUACGGUGUCAGCAUUUUAUGCAAAUGGUUCCAUUGCAGUUGUCCCAAACAUCACCUUCAUGGGUUGGAAUGAAUUUGGUUAUAUCAUCAUCGAGUUUAUUACAGUGCAGGCUGGAGACCUCUCAUUGCAUGUAGAAGGUGACAAUGAAACUUUGAAUGGCUCUCCACUACCAUUUAAGGUGAACCCAGGACCUCUAGAGAUUUCCAAUUGCAUGGCUACGUGGAACUUUGAACCAAAUGGGUGGCAACUAUUCUCAAAGAUGGAAAUAUUUAUACAGCAAAAGGAUCAAUAUGGGAAUUUUGUUCCAGGAUUAUAUGAAUUUGACGCUGAAGUUGUUGAAAAAGAGACGAAUUUGUCUAUCCCUGUUGCAGACUUACACUUUGAAGAAGUCAUGGCAGGAAUUCAGUUGUUUUCUUUUAGCAAUUUGGAACCAGGGAACUUCUUACUAACAAUAUAUGAUCUCAAGCAUGAUGAAAGCAUUUCCAACAUGCCAUAUGCCUAUACUGUCUUCGUAGGUUAUUGCGAUGGUUUGGAAAGUGUUGUCAAUGGAUCUGGUCUAAAUAAUUCGCUUUCCGGGGAAGUGGCAGAGUUCUCAGUUUAUUUGAAUGAUCUUUAUCAAUACCCCUCUCAGGUUGAAGUAGAGAGGCUUCAAGUACAAAUUGCAAGGGAAAUUGAUUCCUAUUAUGUAUUGCCAAGCAUAUAUCCUCUGCAUGUCACCAACGGCAGUGAACCCACUGGGAGAUUGAGAUAUGGUGCCACAAGCCAGAUGGAAAUUGCCCCUUCACCGUCUGUUGAUUUGAGUAACAUUUCUGUUGGGAACUCAAAAGUUCAGGCCAGUUCCUUUAAUGUGGUGUAUACACCUGACAAGAGUGGGAUUUAUGAAAUUCGUGUAUUUUGUGGAAAUAUUCUACUGAAUGGUGGCCAGUCAUUCACAAAGUAUGUAAUAGCAGGUGAAGUUAACAUAUCACUCUCAGGAGUUAUGAGAUUCACUCCCAAGGUGCCAAAACUGAUUAAAAAUGAAAUAGUAGUGCAGCUCAAGGAUUCAUUUCAAAACCCUGUUUUGUCGCAGCAAUCAAGGCUGAAGUUAGAGAUUGCUUCAAUCAACAAUUCUGGUUUUUCAAGUUGGACGUUUGUAGAUAACAAUGAUGGGUCAUACACUGUUCAUUAUCUGGCCAAGGAUGUUGGCACUUACCAGAUGUGUGCUUCUUUUGAUGGAAAACAACUCUCACCCUGCCCGUUUGGAGUCAAUGUGUACACUAGUGAAUAUUUUCCCAUAGCCUACAAUGAUACAAUAUCUGUUUGGGAGGAUGAGUCCAUUGCUUUUGAUGCUUUAGCAAAUGACUACUUUGCUGGUGACAAUGCAACUAUUGUUGAAUACACAAAACCAGGUCACGGUUCACUUUUACAGUAUGGAAGGCUUCUUAGAUAUACCCCUUACAAAGAUUAUUAUGGGAAUGAUUCUUUUUCAUACACAAUGUCUGAUAUAAAUGGCAAUCUUGCUACUGCCACCGUAAACAUUUCUGUUCUCAGUAUCCCACCCCAGUUUGUUUCCUCUCCAAGUGAAUUGCAAGCAACUGAAGAUGUCGUAAAUCCCAGAUUCGGGGGCUUCUCUGGGUUUGAGAUUAAAUAUUCAGAUCAGAUGGAGAACAUUUCCAUUACUCUCAGUGCACAGUUUGGGACUGUCUUUUUGUCUCCAAUGCUGAUGCAAUUUUGGCAGCCAAUGUGGAGUGGACUAUUUAUAAACAGAGGGGGCCAAGAAGCAGAAGACCUGAUCUUAGAAGGCUGCACAGAAGUAAUCAAUUUUGCGCUUCAGUCAAUUCAGUAUCUUGGAAAUGAGAACUUCAGUGGUAAUGAUACAAUGCGAGUCUCUACCAGGAACAAGAAUGGAAAAAACGAUUUGGAUGUUCCAGUUUUUGUGGACCCUAUCAAUGAUCCUCCAUUUAUUCAUGUCCCUGAAAUUAUUAUCCUGAAGGGUAAUGAAGACGAGUCACUGAUCUUUGACAGAGAAAGAGACAAGUUUGAGUUUUAUGUUGGGGAUCCAGAUCUUCUUAACUUCACAGGUGGUGAGAUAAACUUCAUAGUGGAAUUCUCUUUGGAAGUUAAUGAUGGACUUUUGGUCACUAGUUUACCAGCUGAGCUCAUUAAUACAACUGAACUGAAGUUAAAGAACAGUUAUCUGUGGCAACCUCUGCAGACAUAUGUUACUAUCUCAAAACAUUUUACAGUCAAAGCUAACGGUAUUAGAUUUCGGGGCACAGUCAAUUAUUGCAAUAGUAUUAUGCAACAACUGUUUUAUCAUGGUGGAGAACAUGGUGCUAUUUUAACAGUGACAUUAAAUGAUAUGGGAAACUAUGGGUGUUAUCCAGAUUGUGCUGAAAGGGUAUCAUUGCCUUUAUACACUGAGGCUGCUGUAAAUCUAAUAAGAAGAAGGCCAAUGAGUUCAUUGGUAGCUCAUACCCUAGGAUCAGCUAUUGUCAUCGAAUUUCUCAUGGUUUUCUCUCUUGGAGUAUUGCUUCUAUUUUUUACAUGCAAGUGUGCAUUUCUUCUUAUAAAUGAAAGAAGAAACCGGCACAUGGAAAGUUCAGAGAUAGCUAGUGUGCAAAGUUCUCAUGAACCAACUCUAAGCACAAAUUUAUCUGGGGAUACAACUUACUUCACUGGAUGCUGUUCAAGCUCCUCCUGGUCUAGAAGCCAAUUUUCCAACUUUCGCCAGCGGUCUCGACGUCUAUCUGUAAAAGGAGAAUCGAGGAAGCCAGAGUUUCACUCUUCUCAUUCUUUUGGUGAUCAAAGUCAGCGAACUUCUCUACCCAGUAUCAAGGCACUUGCUAUUGAAAAAGGGCAAACUGAAACAGGUUGACAUAUUUUGCAUAAACUUGAACUCUUUAACUAAUUCAGAGACUUUAACCUUGUCGAAAGACAAUUUUAUUUUAUUUUUUAUUAACAAGCUUUUUUUUUGGGGGGUCAUUUCAUUAAGAGGGUUUUGAUAAGUAAUGUUCUUUAUUGAUCGACAUUGUAUGUUGAUUUCAACAAGAAAUUAUUGUUGAAGCGAUUUUUAGCCUGGUGACGUCACCUCCGAUUCGUUCCUUCACAUGUAACCUGCAAUAAAGUAAAGACCCGCCGGGGUUGGCUGGCGGAGCCUCUUCUGACGCCCAAGUUAGUAGGGAGAGUAAGAGAGAGAAUGAUCAUAUUAGAUGGGAUCUUUACCUCUUAGAUGAUGUACGUAUAUAUAGGCUUUAUUUUACUGUUGAUGCACAGUAAAAGUCUUAUUAUUGUACAAUGAGA